CUAUCCGCCGCUGCUGACGUCACGGGGCGCGCGCGCGCGCCUGCGUGCCCAGCGUCGCGCGCCGUCCCGCGCCGCCAGCCGGUUCCCGCCAUCCGCCCCCCCCCCCCCCCGCGGACCCGCAGGCGGCGGGGCGGCGGGCAUGGCCCCGCUGAAGGUGCACGGGCCGGUGCGGAUGCGCAGCAUGCAGACGGGCAUCACCAAGUGGAAGGAGGGCAGCUUCGAGAUCGUGGAGAAGGACAACAAAGUCAGCCUGGUGGUACACUACAACGUCGGGGGCAUCCCCAAGACGUUUCAGCUAAGCCAUAACAUUAAAACUGUGACCUUACGACCAAAUGGUAGAAAGCUGUGCUGCCUGAUGCUGACACUAAAGGACACCAGCUUCCUGACGAUUGAUAAGGUGCCGUUUAAGGAUGCGAAUGAAAUGCGGAUGUAUUUGGAUGCGGUCCACCAAGACAGGGUUCACACUGCUGGGAAAGCCUCUCAGGGAUCUGGCAGCUUUGGAGGUGUGCUGGGCAGCAGGACCACACAGAAGGAAGCUAACAGGCAGUUCUCUUACAUAGAGAAUCAGCCUCCCCCCAAACGAGUGACCGUGGAAAGUAAGGAUGAAAAUCCAUUCCGCAAGGUGCUGGGUACCCCGGCCAGAGCACCCGUUAAGAACUCUGCUGGAACUGGAGCACCUAGCAACAGGGUGAAUGUCACAGCGUCUCCUGCCUCGUCCACCCCUCACAGAACAGGCUUGCUGGAGAAUCGUGAAAAGAGGAAAAGAGCACAGCCUCCCGGAUCAGAAAUUAGUGAAGAUUAUCCCAAAGAGAAUGAUUCUUCAACGAAUAAUAAAGCCUUGAGUGAUCCGGCGUGGAAGUACUUAAACAGUAGCAGAGAGAAACAGUUGAAUCUGAAGCAAGCAGAGGAAAAUAGGACAUCAGGCAUUUUACCACUACAGUCAUCAUCCUUUUAUGGUAGUAGGUCCUCGCCAAAAGAGUACUCUACUGGCAGUUCCACCCUGGACAGGUCUGGUGUGUCCAGCCAGAAUCCUUCAUCCAAAAGGAGCCUGGGAUUUCUUUCUCAGCCUGCUCCUCUUUCUGUUAAAAAGAUGAGAUCUAAUCAAGAUUACACAGGGUGGAACAAACCCCGAGUGCCCCUUUCCACCCACCCUCAACAACAAUUACAAGGGUUUUCAAACUUAGGAAACACCUGCUAUAUGAAUGCCAUUUUACAGUCCUUGUUUUCAAUCCAGUCUUUUGCUAAUGAUUUGCUCAAGCAGGGUAUCCCGUGGAAAAAAAUUCCACUCAAUGCACUUAUCAGGCGUUUUGCCCAUCUGCUUGCUAAAAAGGACGUCUGCAGCCCUGAGGUUAAGAAAGAGCUGCUCAAGAAGGUGAAAAGUGCCAUUUCAGCUACCGCAGAGAGAUUUUCUGGGUAUAUGCAGAAUGAUGCACAUGAGUUCUUGAGCCAGUGUCUGGACCAGCUGAAGGAGGACAUGGAAAAAUUAAACAAAACUUGGAAGAGCGAGCCAGUCCCUAAUGAUGACAACUCACCUGGACGGGCUUCUGAUGACCUCUCAGCCACCAAAGUUUAUACUUGUCCGGUUAUCAGUAACUUAGAGUUUGAGGUUCAGCAUUCUAUCAUUUGUAAAAUGUGUGGCGAAACAGUCACCAAACGAGAACAGUUUAAUGACCUCUCCAUUGACCUUCCUCGAAGAAAGAAAUUGCUUCCAUCGCGAUCAAUCCAGGAUUCCCUUGACCUCUUUUUUCGGGCAGAGGAAAUUGAGUAUUCCUGUGAGAAGUGCAAUGGAAAGUCAGCUGUUGUCACACACAAGUUCAAUAGGCUUCCCAGGGUCUUGAUUCUCCAUCUGAAACGAUACAGCUUCAAUGUAGCCUUGUCUCUCAACCACAAAGUUGGGCAGCAGGUGGUUAUUCCGAGAUACUUAACCCUGCUUUCACACUGCACAGAAAGCACCAGGCUGCCGCUGACGCUGGGAUGGAGCGCCCAUUCCGCAAUUUCCCGUCCAUUGAAAGCCUCCCAAAUGGUGAAUUCCUGUACUAUAAGCACUUCCACACCUUGUAGAAAAUACACUUUCAAGUCAAAGAGCCCUACAGCACUCUAUGUAGAUUCGGACAGUGAUGAUGAGCCAUUGAAACGCUCUGUUGCCCAUAGUCAAAGGUUGUGCAACAUACAGACUAGAGAUCAGCAACAACUGCAAGAAGAGCAAGAAAAGGGUUCAAAAAGAAGCAAAAUGGAGGGUGAUAAACCUGAGCUGGGUAAUGCUGGUUUUGAUGGGAUGAGUGAAGAUGAACUGCUAGCAGCUGUCUUAGAGAUUAGCAAAAGGGAAGCUUCUCUGUCUCUGAACCAUGACGAAGAUAAGCCCACAAGCAGCCCAGACACUGGUUUUGGAGAUGAUGAAAUUCAGGAAUUGCCAGAAAACCUGGAAACUAUGGAGAUGGAAAAACCCAAAGCAGCAUUAGAAUCAGGUCCUGCCAAUUUCACUGAGAUAACUAAAGAUUUUGAUGAGAAUAAGGAAAACAAAACUCCGGAAGGCUCCCAGGGAGAGGUUGACUGGCUGCAGCAGUACGAUAUGGAGAGAGAGAGGGAAGAACAAGAACUUCAGCAGGCACUGGCUCAAAGCCUUCAAGAACAAGAGGCACGAGAACAAAAAGAGGAUGAUGACCUUAAACGAGCCACGGAAUUAAGUCUGCAAGAGUUUAACAGCUCUCUCCUGGACAGCGUUGGUUCUGAUGAAGACUCUGGAAACGAGGAUGUCCUUGACAUGGAGUAUUCAGAAGCUGAAGCAGAAGAGCUGAAAAGAAAUGCAGAGACAGGAGAGCUGCCUCACUCCUAUCGUCUCAUCAGCAUCGUCAGCCAUAUCGGAAGCACAUCAUCUUCAGGUCACUAUAUCAGCGAUGUCUACGAUAUCAAGAAGCAGUCCUGGUUCACCUACAACGACCUGGAAGUGUCGAGAACUCUGGAGACCACGGUUCAGUGCGACAGAGACCGAAGUGGCUACAUCUUCUUCUACAUGCACAAGGAUAUCUUCGAUGAGUUACUAGAAACAGAGAAAAAUGCACAGCCACUUAGCAUGGAAGUCGGAAGAUCAAUUCGUCAGCCUCUGUGAAGAGUAAAACACCUUGUUCCUCCUGAGGAGCAAGAACGAUUCUGAACUUGUGCCAGACACGCAGGAGUAACAAACAGCUCAGGGCCAAAACAAGAGACAAAAGUUAGAAAUAUGGGACGCUCGGUUUCCUGAACCAUCUGUGCAAGUCCUGGGCCCGAACCACACUUUUAAACCUUGACAUCCCAGAGCGAUCCUCCUGUGGUGAAGUUUUUAUUGUUCCUCAAACGAUUUUGUCAGCAUGGAGCCUUAAAGAGUUGCAUCAAGCCACAAGACUACAGCUGCUCAUAAACUGAUUUAAAAACAAAGAAGUGCAAAAAGAGACUCAACUUCAAAAGCCCAUUCACCCGCGAGAUGUGAGUGGGGAAGAUUUACAUAUCACUUGGCUUUUUUUUUUUUUUUUUUUUUUUUUUCCCCCCCCCUCCAAGAGCAAUUUAAGCAAUAGAUUCUGUAACCUGGCGUGUGUUGUGUUAGUAAUUUUCACUGGAAACCCAGAUCACCGAGUCCGCUCUUGCCAGCCGUUUCGGAAUCCCUCGAGCUGCUGCGUGCUGACAUCCAUGGGUUUGCGAGUGCUCUGCUCUUCACGUGCGGUUCCAGGAAACAAACUGUCGGUGCUGUGGAAUGUAUUGCAUCCCUGGUGGGCAGCUCUGUCUUUUUUUUUACACCGUUCACUGUCAUCCUUCUUUAGCAAUGAGAUUAUACCUGUGAUUUUUCUUUUAUUUCACGCGCUCCAUCCUUUGGUUGCGUUUCCUUCGUGGCAUUGCUCCUCGGGGCCCUUUGGAGAGGAGGGGGCUCCCUGGAGGUGCGCAGCAUUUCGGUUAUAGUGCUUGGGGCUGCUUCCACCCAGCUCUGAUUGAAGCUGCUGGAGCAGGAGGUGUGAACCACAGCCACUUUUCCGUCUCGCCUCCUCGGAGGCUGUAGCGUUACCCUUUCUGUGCAGCCCUGGGUCGUCGUGAGAUGGAAACGGUGAGAAAAGGUGAGGUCUGCAGGUGAGGAGUACAGAGUGCUCAAACUGUGAAACUAAACCAGGUGGAAAGCUUUCAGAAAGCUCGUGUUCAGCAUUAACAGAGCACGGUUACAAAGAAGAGUUUUAUUGGAUUUAGAGACGUGAUGCUCAUUUUAUAGCUUGUUUCAGCAGGGGGGAAAAAAAAAAGCCUAGUGACUUAAUUUUUUUAGCACCUUCGCACUUAUUUAGCAGGGGCAGAUGUUUCCUUCGUUGGCAUUUACUCAUUUCAGAGAAAUUGUCACUAUUAAGCAGAGUAGUUACUCUUGUUUUGGCCUCUAGUUCUGAUUUUUGCAGCUUGAGUUUUAGAGGUGAAAGACUU